CCGAGAGAGGUCCGAACGAGGGGGGCUCGGCUCCGCGCGCGCGUCUCGUUUCCCCCGGGUUCUUAAUUCAGGUCAAGAGUAUCAUCGCCUUUUUCGACGCAGCCCCCCUCGGCGUAAGGAGAUCGGAUCGGGGAUCGCCUUUUAUGGCUCGGUAUUUGAAGGCGAGCCGCGCUCCUUGCCGUCGGCGGCUCAAUCGCGCGCUCUCGUCCGCCGCCUCGCGACCAUCCCUCGCGAGAUUCACUGCUCUCCGUCGGAUCCGUGCACUUGGCUCCGUCAAGGCGUAGAGUUAAAUAAUUGGGCCGUCCCGGUAACGACACGGUCCUCAUCGGCGUUAUCGCGUGUGUAUGUGUGUGUGCGACAGUGCCUUAUCUCGGGAGGGAUAAAACGCGCGCACGCUGGCGAAAUGUACGGCUAUAGCUAUCAGGAGCUGUCUCAUAGGAUGAUGUCAUCCAUGGAGGAAUUCCAGGAGGCCUUUCAGUUGUUCGACAGCCGCGGGGACGGGAAGAUCCACGUGGCUCAAAUCGGAGACGCGUUGCGCGCCCUGGGACAAAAUCCGACCGAGUCCGACGUGAAGAAGUUCACCCACCAGCAUAAGCCGGACGAGCGCAUCAGUUUCGAAGUCUUUCUGCCGAUCUACCAGGCGAUCAGCAAGUCCCGCACCUCGGACACGGCGGACGACUUCAUCGAGGGUUUGCGUCAUUUCGACAAGGACGGAAACGGCUUCAUAUCCUCCGCGGAGCUGCGGCAUCUUCUGACGACGCUCGGUGAGAAGCUGAGUGACGAGGAAGUGGAAACGUUAUUAGCGGGCCACGAAGAUUCACAGGGUAAUAUUAAUUACGAAGACUUUGUCCGCCAGGUGAUGUGCGGCUGAGUAGUUAUUUAAUCGCGUAUAUAAGAGAGUAUUAUUAUUAUUAUUAAUAUUAUUAUUAUUAUUAUUAUUAUUAUUAUCAUCAUCGUCGUCGUCGUCGUCGUCGUCGUCGUCGUCUCGUUUAAUUUGCCAUUAUAUCUGCCGGGUCUGUUGAAGCGUUUACUUUUUGAGAAUUGUCAUAUCACAGCAUGUGUACCUAUAUGCGACGAUUAAUCUCGAGGGGAUCCCCAACGCGAACACUCUAUUUUGUUAUGUGGGAAAAAAGAGAUUAACCCUCUUUACAAUUAAGAAUCUAAAUUAGUUUAACCAAUGGUAGAGGUAAAGAACAAUCUAGCGCAUUGUGCCUUGAACAUACUCCGACUUUACGAGCAUUUAGUGAUAUUGAUAGUAAGCCACUCUUUAGCAAGAGAUCCGGAUUUCGCGGACAUUCCAAAUUUCUUGAGAUAGACUAAACGAAGAACAGCGAGGUUAUACAUACGCGGGCUUCUUCAAGGCGAAGACCAAGCAUUUUCGAUUCACGCUGAUGAUACUUAACGUAACUCUUCUUUCCCCCUUUCUUCUGUCUCGGUCGAGUUCGAUAUACCCCGCCGUAUGGUUAUAGAAUGUGUAUGUAUGCGAGAACUUUCCUAUCUAUCUACGCCUUCCACGCGUCCUAGAAAAAGCAUCGCGGCGUAUACGAACGAUAUUUACUUUAUUUAUUUAUGCAUGAGCAUAUAUUUAUGUCAUCAAGACGCGUGUAUGCAGAACGAAGAAUAUUGUACGUUGUGAUGAAUAAAAAGAUGGCUCUAACAAA